GUAAAAUUGCCUUUCCAAUAAAAAUAAAUAUUUUUUAAAGAGUUCACAAUCAAGUAAAUGCUCUGAGAAAGUUAAGGGAGAGUUUUUCCCCUUUUUGCACCAGGGAGAAUUACAACUUUUUCCUACUUUUGCACUCAUUUCACAAAUAUGCCCAGGACAAAUACUUACAGCCUGCCUCCUAAACCCCACGUGCUCUGCGCACCACUGCCUCAGCAAAUGCUCUCAACAACCUAAACGACCGAUUCUUUUACUACCAUCCCCACGGGAUGUAAGAAGGCCCGGAAGAGGCACAGGCAGGAAACAGCUGUCCAAGCCCAGAGCCGAGUCCAAAAUGUGCAAUCUCGGUCUCUAGGGUACCAGGCUACCAGGAAGAAAGGAGGUUAAAGUCCAGGAGCCCUCACAGGUAAGUUAGGGGUGCAGAUCCUGAGCCGGAGGGCAGAAAGAUUCGGCAAGCUCCACGCAAGCCUCAGACGCCCCCGGUCAAGAACGCAGAGCAACGUAGCCGAAAAGCGACAUUUUAGAACUCAAAGAGCACCACACACCUGUACAAACCAGCCAACGAGCACGCCCUCACGAUCUGGCACGCACGCCAGCUAGCCCGCAUCACGCGGCCCCGCCCACCGAUCCAUUCCCCGACCGCCUCUGCUCUGUCCUCGCAAGUGCCUCGAUUGGUCGAGCCUGAAGCAGUAUGGCGGCGCCCGCGUAAGCCGGGUCCGCUCCGCGGGGUCAGACUGCACCAUGCUGAGAGCCGCGUGCAGGACGCUGAGGUCCGUCCGACCCCGAGCAGCGGCGCAGACCUCCGUCUUGGAGCUGCCGAGUGGUGGGAGCGCCAGGCUGCCCUUGCAUCCGCGGGGCCUGCGACCUCCAAGUCUCCUCCUCCAGACCGCCCGCGGUCUUGCCAGCCAGAAACCAGUCCAGCCCAUCCAAGACAAUGACCCACCCCCCUCCACACUGCUUAAAGACUACCAGAACGUUCCUGGGAUGGACAAAGUGGAUGAUGUCGUGAGGAGACUCUUGUCUUUGGAAAUGGCCAACCGGAAGGAAAAACUGAAAAUCGUGCAAGAACAGCUGAUGAACAAGGUUGUGGCAAAGACUGAGGACACCAGAUCCCUGGAGGCUCGAAUUGUUGCCUUAACUGUCAAGAUCUGCAAUUAUGAAGAACACCUGCAGAAACAUCGAAAGGACAAAGCUCACAAGCGCUACCUGCUGAUGAGCAUUGACCAGAGGAAGAAGAUGCUCAAGCAACUCCGCAACACCAACUACGAAGUCUUUGAGAAGACCUGCAGGGAGCUAGGGAUUGAGUACACCUUCCCGCCACUCUACUACCGAAAGGCCCACCGCCGCUUCCUCGCCAAGAAGGCCCUGUGCAUCCAGGUUUUCCAGCAGGUGCAGAAGCUAAAGAAGCAAAAACAAGCCUUGCAGGCAGCAGCAGCCGCAGCCCAAAAACAGCGAGAGCAGGAAAACCCAGAGAGCCCUUCCACAUCCUGACCUGAAACAGCGCCAAGAGAAGCAAUAAAGUCUGUUCAGAUCUUC